CCCUCUCUGUCUCUCUAGUUGAACGUGACCCAGGGCAGGGCGUUGUGUAACAAGAUCAUCAUGCUGUUCACUGACGGAGGAGAGGAGAGGGCCCAGGAGAUCUUCCAGAAGUAUAACGCUGACAAAAAGGUGCGGAUAUUCACGUUCUCAGUGGGCCAACACAACUAUGACAAAGGACCAAUCCAGUGGAUGGCCUGCACCAACAAAGGGUACUAUUAUGAAAUCCCCUCCAUCGGUGCUAUCAGGAUCAACACUCAGGAGUAUCUGGAUGUACUGGGAAGGCCCAUGGUCAAAGCAAACAACAAGGCCAAGCAGGUUCAAUGGACCAACGUUUACCAGGACGCGCUG